AUGCAAGCAGCGUGCUCAAGCACCUAUCUUCAGCAAACACUUCAGAAAGCUUUUGAAUAUUUUUGUAGAAUACAAGAGAAAAAUUUAACCAGUGACGAUAAAGACAAAUGCUUAGAUUGCAAAUCAAUUAGUAUGGUGCAUAAUUCAUAUGAAUUAUUUACUCAAUGCUUACAUUCAAGCAUAGCACUUGAUACAAAAAUAAAUCAGAAGCAAGUCCGAAAAUUAUGCGUGCAAACAUUCGACAAGAAAAGAAUCUCAUUACCUGAACCAAAACUUAAAUUAACUAGAAGUACUUGGCUAUUAUGGCUGAAUAAAAAUGUUAAUGAAGACGAAAUCGAAUAUGCAUUUCGACCUUAUUUCGAAAAUAAUAUUGAUAUACUCAAUAGCCAUCAUGUUGACAAUGCAGUUAUGCCAGUAAAAGUUAUCGGAGAUACUAUAUUAGAACAAGAAAGGGCAAAGCCGAAUGAUAUUAAUGAAGGUAAUCAAGAUGAAGAUAUUAGUCCACUUGUUUGA